AUGGCCUUAUCAGCUAGCUUUACCAUUAUCAAUCGCGAUACAUCGCUACCUCCGCUAUUACUUCCAAAUGUCAACAGCUCUAACAACUUUAAUAACCCAAAUUACCACGAUGGAGGCUACGAGAGCCAGAAGUUGAUGGCAUUACAUGGCAAUAACCAAUUCCUAUCGCCUCCAAUGCCACCUCAACUCAUUAAAAACGUUAACAUUCACUCAUCAUCCAACUCCUUUACUGGUUUAACUGAUCCCAUCUCAAACUCCUCAUCAGUGACUUCAUUGUCACCUUCUCCUUCAAUUUCUCCAAGUGGUUCUAUAUCUUUGCCAACCCCAUCGAAUGGUUCGGCAUCAAUCAACUCAACAUUAGAUGACCUUGCAUCUUUGGCCGCUAAGAAUACAAGAUCAGGACCUAAGUCCAAACGCUCCUCAAAGGGUAAGCUGACGAAGAACAACAGCCGCGGUAGAGGUAAGAAUAACGCCGCCGCUCAUCACAUCGCCAAGAGACAAAGAGUUGGCCCAAGUUGUGACAAGUGUAGAGUAAAGAAGAUAAAAUGUAAUGCUACCUCUAACAUUCUAGUACAGGAUUUAGACAUUGUAAGCUUAUUUUCUACUAAAUUGCAUUACGAAUUUAGCCCCGAGGAGAUUCUGAAUGAAAACUCUGAGGUUAAUCAGUACAUGAGGAGAAAGCAUAUUAUAGAUGCUCCAAGCAUUCAGAAUCUGAAAGAGUGCAUACGGAAGAAUCAAAACCCACAAAAUAAGACCUUAGUUAAACACAUAGACAAACUGAUAAUCUUUCAACCAUGCGACUCUUGCCAGAAGAAGAAGAACAAUUUGCUCAUAACAGCAAAUUCUACACCUAUAGAGAUAAGACAGAAUCCUAAAUUUCAGAAAACUCACGAAUUGCUUAUCUCUCAUUGCAACUGUACAUUUUCUAAGGGGUUUACAAGAAGUGAUAUUAGCAUAUACACUAAAAUAACAUAUCACCAGAAAAAGGGUAAGUCUAUCGGUUUUAUGCAUGAGGAUGCAGGAUCUUCCAUUUACAACAUGACAACCGCGGACUACUUUGCUGCUUCUUUAUAA